CUGUGCCCUCACUUCCGCUCCGCCCCGGCCGCCACCCGCCUCGCCGCCGCCGCCAUCAUGAAGGUCGAGCUGUGCAGCUUCAGCGGGUACAAGAUCUACCCGGGCCACGGGCGCCGUUACGCCCGCACCGACGGCAAGGUUUUUCAGUUCUUGAAUGCAAAAUGUGAGUCUGCAUUCCUUUCCAAGAGAAACCCCCGCCAGAUCAACUGGACUGUUCUCUAUAGGCGUAAACACAAGAAGGGACAGUCAGAAGAGGUACAGAAGAAGCGCACACGUCGUGCUGUUAAGUUCCAGAGAGCUAUCACUGGUGCAUCUCUAGCUGAGAUCAUGGCUAAACGAAACCAGAAGCCCGAAGUACGAAAGGCACAGAGGGAACAAGCUAUUAGGGCUGCAAAAGAAGCCAAGAAAGCUAAACAGGCAACCAAGAAAACGGCUGUUACUGCUGCAAAGGCUCCUACAAAGGCAGCACCUAAGCAGAAGAUUGUGAAACCAGUCAAGGUUUCUGCUCCCCGUGUUGGUGGAAAGCGCUAACUUGCCAAGUUGUUAGUCAUGCUGAAUAAACAUGUGACUAAGUUUCAUAA